GCGCUCCGCGCACGCGAGGUCGGCGCGCGCUAGCCCGCGGGCCCCGAGCGCGCGCCUGACGCCCCUGCCCCGCCGGCGCGCGGCGACGCCCGGCCCCGAUGGACCCCCAGACCCCUACCCGGACGCCGAACCCGCGCUACUUCACCUGGGACGAGGUGGCGCAGCGCUCCGGGCGCGAGAAUGAGCGGUGGCUCGUGAUCGACCGGAAGGUGUACAACAUCAGCGAGUUCACCCGCCGGCACCCGGGGGGCUCCCGGGUCAUCAGCCACUACGCGGGGCAGGAUGCUACGGAUCCUUUUGUGGCGUUUCACAUCAACAAGGGCCUUGUGAGGAAGUAUAUGAACUCUCUCCUGAUCGGAGAACUGUCUCCAGAGCAGCCCAGCUUCGAGCCCACUAAAAAUAAAGAGCUGAUCUACGAGUUCCGGGAGCUGCAGGCCACCGUGGAGCGGAUGGGGCUCAUGAAGGCCAACCAUGUCUUCUUCCUGCUGUACCUGCUGCACAUCCUACUGCUGGAUGUUGCUGCCUGGCUCACCCUUUGGGUCUUCGGGACAUCCUUUGUGCCUUUCCUCCUGUGUGCGGUGCUGCUCAGCACGGUUCAAGCUCAGGCUGGCUGGCUGCAGCAUGACUUCGGGCACCUGUCCGUCUUCAGCACCUCUACUUGGAACCACCUGCUCCAUCAUUUCGUGAUUGGCCACCUGAAGGGCGCCCCCGCCAGUUGGUGGAACCACUUGCACUUCCAGCACCAUGCCAAGCCCAACUGUUUCCGCAAAGACCCGGACAUCAACAUGCACCCGUUCUUUUUUGCCCUGGGGAAGAUCCUCUCUGUGGAGCUUGGGAAACAGAAGAAAAAGUACAUGCCAUACAACCACCAGCACAAAUACUUCUUCCUGAUUGGGCCCCCAGCCUUGCUGCCUCUCUACUUCCAGUGGUAUAUUUUCUAUUUUGUUUUCCAGCGGAAAAAGUGGGUGGACUUGGCCUGGAUGAUCAGCUUCUACGCCCGCAUAUCCCUCACUUACAUGCCGCUGUUGGGGCUGAAAGGCCUCCUGGGCCUUUUCUUCAUGGUCAGGUUCCUGGAAAGCAACUGGUUUGUGUGGGUCACACAGAUGAACCACAUCCCCAUGCACAUUGAUCACGACCGGAACAUGGACUGGGUCUCCACCCAGCUCCAGGCGACAUGCAAUGUCCACAAGUCUGCCUUCAAUGACUGGUUCAGUGGACAUCUCAACUUCCAGAUCGAGCACCAUCUUUUCCCCAUGAUGCCUCGACACAAUUACCAUAAAGUGGCCCCCCUGGUGCAAUCCCUGUGUGCCAAGCAUGGCAUAGAGUACCAGUCCAAGCCCCUGUUCUCAGCCUUCGCCGACAUCGUCUACUCACUGAAGGAGUCUGGGCAGCUCUGGCUAGAUGCCUACCUUCACCAGUAACGACUGGCACUCCUCCCCCCACCUGGAAGAGAUGUCUGUCUUCACCGAUAACACCAGCCCACCAGGAAGGGGAGUCUGCACCAAAGCAGAGGGGAGCUUAUGGGACAAUGCCACUAUAAUUCUAAUAUUCAAAGGGGGUGGGUUUGAGGAGACAAAGACUCUGACUCAAACCUCCCCCCUUUAUCUUCCAGGCACAGAUUUAAGACCCAAAGGGGUAGGGGACCGUGCAUGCCUUCUGGAAGGAGCAGUGGGCCUGAUGGGGCAGAGAUGUGACAGUUUUGUUUCCUUUUUCUAGUUUGGCAGAUGCAGAUGGUUGGUGAGCAAAGAAGGGGGUCCAAGGGUGUUGGAAGACUAGGGAGGACCUAUUGAGCCCAGAGAUCAGGAAGAGAAUGAGCAUAAAAAUUCCAUCCAGGGGGUGCCUGGGUGGCUCAGUCGGUUAA